CGCGGUGAGGGCUCCCCCCGGCCGGGGCGGCGCUUGGUUUCUCCUGGCAGCGGAGGCAGGGCCAGGCGCGGCGAGGGUGGGCAAGGAGUUGGCGGCGGGGCCGGGGGGGAGGCGGCGGCGGCGGCGGUGGAGUUGGCUCCGGACGCGGCGGCGGGAGGUCCGCGGAGCGGAGCCGGCUUCGCCUCGCCUCUCCUCUCCUCUCCUCGCCGGCCGGAGCCGAAUGCGCCCGGAGGGGAAGGUCCCGUCGCGGGCCGGGCCGCCGCCGCCCACCGGUGUCGGAGCCGGAGCCGGAGCCGGAGCGAUGUCGGGGCGCGAAGCCGAGCGCGGCGGGGCGCUGUGCCUGGGGCUGCUGCUGCACGUCCUACUAGGCUGCGGCUCGGCUCAGCAGCCCGGCGGCUGCCCGGCCGGCUGCGAGUGCUCGGAGGCGGCCAAGACGGUGAAGUGCGUGAACGGCAACCUGACGGAGGUGCCGCCCGACCUGCCGCCCUACGUGCGCAACCUCUUCAUCACCGGCAACCCGCUGCGCCGCCUGCCCGCCGGCGCCUUCGCCGCCCAGCGCCUGGCCGAGCUGGGCGCCCUCAACCUCAGCGGCAACCACCUGCGGGUGGUGGAGGCCGGCGCCCUCUCGGCUCUGCCCUCCCUGCGGCAGCUGGACCUCAGCGGCAACCCGCUGGCGUCCCUCAGCCCGCAGGCUUUCGGCCAAGGCGGCAGCCCGCUGGAGGAGCUGGCCCUCCGCGGGGCUCUGCGCGACCAGGGAGCCCUGCUGGGGCUGGCCGCCCUGCUGCAGGCAGGGGCCCUGCGCAACCUCAGCCGCCUGGAGCUGGCCGACAACGGGCUGCUGCUGCUGCCCGCCGGCAUGUUCGGCGCCCUGCCCGCCCUGCGGCACCUGGACCUCAGCAACAACUCGCUGGUGGGGCUGCGGAACGUCUCCUUCCAGGGGCUGGGCCAGCUGCAGAGCCUCAACCUCAGCGACAACUCGCUGGGCGUGCUGAGGAACGGGACCCUGGCCCAGUGGCGCGGGCUGCCCGCCCUGCGGCACAUCGGCUUCGGCCGCAACGCCUGGGUCUGCGACUGCGCCAUCGAGGACCUGGUGGCCUGGCUCAAGGAGAGCGACCAGGUCGAGGGCAAGGAGGCCCUGACCUGCGCCCACCCCGAGAAGAUGCAGGGCAAAGCCCUGCUGAAGAUCAACGCCUCGGACCUGAACUGCUCCGUGCCCGUAGACCUGCCUUCCCAGCUACAGACUUCCUACGUCUUCUUAGGGAUAGUCUUGGCUCUCAUCGGGGCCAUCUUUCUCCUGGUUUUGUACUUGAACCGAAAAGGAAUCAAAAAGUGGAUGCACAACAUCCGAGACGCCUGUAGGGAUCACAUGGAGGGAUAUCACUACAGAUACGAGAUCAAUGCCGACCCCAGGUUAACAAACCUCAGCUCCAACUCGGAUGUCUGACAGAGCGCCGCGGAAGCGGGGCAACGCACAGUAGCUAUGCAUGAAACGUAGACUGAUGCUUUACCCUUGUGCUUGCUUCCCUCUCCCCAGAGAAAUCUCAGACGUGCUUGCAACACGAGGGGGAUAUGCCUCCACGUGAUGUUCAUUACCCUUCUCUCUUCGUUCUGAGAUGCUGGGCAGCUGCGCAUGGUGUUGGGCUGUAUGUAAGAAACAAGCUGCUACUUCUCUUCCUCCUUACCUGUUUUCGUUGGUACUCGUGGGAAGCUUUUUCCAAGAUCUCAAAAGAAAAAAAGGAUUCUCUCUGUGAUGCUCCAAAGCCACCAGAGUUUAUGUUAUAUAUACAUAUAUAUAUACAUACACACACAGAUACCAUUCAACAAAAGCUGCCUCAACUUUUUGGGAAAAAAAGAUUUCAAUCUUCUGUGCCAGUUUUGGUCUUGUAUAUCUGAAUUGUGAUGACGAUGAUUCCAUUUCAUAGACUUACACUGAGUCUCAGAAAAACAAAGAAACUCCUUUUAACAAGUCCUCUGUAACAACAAAGGAAAUCAAAUAGUGAGCAUGCACAAAUACUUUAUAGUUUUACAUGUUAGGAAAUCUACAAUCUCAGUUAGUCUCUUAGUAUUUUAUACUAAGUUAUUUUUGAUUGCAGUUUACCUGAAAAGACAUUUUUUUUCUAUAUAAGCUGCAUCUAAACUCCGUCUGAACCGUUAAAUUCAAUAAACAGUCUUACAAGAACUUGUGUUGAAGUUUGCUGUUUAAUGAGAAAUGUACGGACAUCUAAGAAUGUUAAUAACUUUAGACUCUCUGGAGUAAUAGCCCUACGGUAGUAAUCCGAAUAAAAUUUUGUAUGAACGUGUAGCUUAGAGACAUAAAUAUUUAUGACAAUUUUGUGAAAUAGGCUUUAAGAAUUACACUGAUCAACGGCGAGAGUAGUUCCACUUGGCACAAAAGCCCCAGUCUGCUCUCCCGAAACAACUGCAAAACGUCGAGACAGAUGCUAGUGUCUAUCUAGCUGGGAAGGUACGAGCUAAUAGAAUUUACAUAAGCUCUUCUCUACCAAAUUUAAAAACAUUCAAACUAAAUUGCAGAGUUUGCAAGCUAAAGAAAAUUGUACCAGAAUGGAGGUGUUUGUUAUAAAAGAUAUGCUUGCAGGUCCUGAACUAAAUUAAAUGCAGCUCAGUCAUGUAGUCAGUGAGCUUCAGACUCAUAAGUCAGUGCAGCACUUAGUAAAUUAAGUUCUUGCUGUUUGAUUUUAAACUCUCGGUGCGAUCCUGUAGUGACUACAUUCAGUAAUUCGAUGGAACUUUGCAUUUAUCUUAAAACUUCUAACAGGUAUGUUUAAGUAUUGUGUAAUUUCUCAUGCUUAUUACUUGCUUGGGAAUGCAUUUUCAUGUAAAUAUAUGAAGCAUGCAAAGACAAACUUCAGAAAUGCAUCAUUUACUAACUAAUUCUGAAGGCAUAUUGAAAGGUUAGCAAGAACCUUCCAAUGGCCGUCAGUAAUUAAUGCAUUUUUCCUAAUACAUUCUUAGAUUUUUAAUGAAAAAAAAAUACACCGAAUGUGAAAGUGUAAUGUAAAUUGGUAUCUGUCAGUAUAUUGGUGGAGCUUUUUCUAUGGUCAUUGUUAAUGAAAGCUCUUAAGCAUCUCUAAAAUUUUAUGAAUUAGCAGCAACUUUCCUUCAUUUUCAAAAAUGACAGUUUUGUCAUAGAUAUAUGCCUUUGGUAAGAGCUCAUAAAUAUAAAAUAGUCCUUAAGGAAUCAGAAAAAAUAUAAUCUAUCUGGGGCAUCAGUAUUAUUCAAAUGCAUUUUUCUCUCCUUGUAACUUCAGACAUUGUCAAAACAAGUAGCACAAGUUGGUUUAGACUAAUUUUCUAUUUCUUUACAUGGGCUUUAUUCAAUACCAGCAUUUUUUUUUAAUGUGCUUUUGUACAUUUGCCCUCGAAAGUAAAAAAGAACAUUAAGUACAAUCAAUAUUUUGAUAAAUCAGUGUAUUCUACAAUUAAUGUGUCUUCAACAAUAGCCUAUUCCUCCUGCUGUAUUUAAAUGUAUGAGCAAUACCUGAAUAACAGCAUAUGAAUUUAAGUUUGUGGAUUCUUAAAAGCAAACUGCUGGCCUGAAUGUUAGCUGCACAUAUUUUAAGAAUAGUGUAAAAGAGCCCGGUGUGAAUAAUUAUUACUGUGCAACUAUGCAAACUGUUCAUACUUAGCAUACAUCCAGUAGUUUAUAUAACAAGGUAGAGUUUACAAUAGCUAUGCAGUGUGCUGUGUUGUAUUGGUCAUUUUGGAGAUUACCAAUUUACACUCAUCUAUACAGUGCCAAGAGGAGAGGAGUGUCAUCAUUGCUUAAGAUGCUCCUCUAACGUUAUAGGUAAAAUAUGUACAAACAAAGACAUUUCUUGGGCAAUUUCUUGUUUGUUUGUUUUCUUAACAGAUGCUUUCAAGUAACUGCAGUGAAAACCUAUGGUCUGUAAUGUGUUAAUGUAACAGACAUGCAUUUAUAGAACCGUGUAAGGAUAGGCAACGACUUGAAUCACAGUCUGUCACCACUGGACUGAGUAUUUGUAUAGUGAAGAAGUGUAACUCUUGUACCACACCUAUUAUUCUAAAGAUUAUUAUUAUUUUUGUAUCAUGGAACCUCAUUGUAAUAGACUUUAAUUAGAAACCUGGUGAUGGAGACUUUAAACUAUUUUUUCCAUUUGCUUAUAUGUGCGUUUGUUAGGAUAUAACAGUUAGCAUGUGUGAAUAUUGUGAUGGAUGACAUUCUCUUACAGUGUUUGACUGACAGUGAAUGCUUUGGUGCUUUGUACAAUGCAUUUGGUCUUAAAUCCCCUUCUAUAACCAGUGCUUGAAAUUUGUUUUCCUUUCCUAUUACGAAGUAGUUACAGUGGUACUCAGAAGACAUAUAAAAAGUAGCUCCCAAAGUGCUUCAGAGCUUGGUUGAAAACUAUUUAAUUUAAAAUAUCAUUAGUUUAAGGGUUCUUCUGAAGCAUAUUUUAUUCUGCUUUGACACCUAAAACUUCAAUUGAUUACUAUUUCCAGACCAGCUUAAUUAGCCAGGCUGUUUUAUUCAUUCAUUCUUCAAUAAAACACGUGCAGUACUAAAUGCCUCUAAAAUGUGUUUUGUAUACGUAAAACCCCAAAGUUCUGCAUGACACAGUUGUCAUUGAUGUUUCGAGUAACACAGAAAGGAGUGGGUAAAUCUGAAGGGAAGGCAACGCAGCUAAGAAGCAAGAACGAUGGAUUGUCAAAGGGUCAACUGCUCUCUUUAAACUAGUUUUUGUUGUAAUGAGCUUAAAACUUUCUUAGAGAAGUAACACAAGGAACUGAGGUUGUUUUAAUGUAUCUUACGUAAAUAUUUUCUAUAUGCUGUGUUGCCAAGUAAGAAACAGAAAAUUCCCUAAAUGUUUCUUUACCCAAGGUAGCUCAGUGUUAGAUCACCUGACGUUUUUUACUCUCAGCAAGCCGUAAUAUUGCCAAUAAUUUUCACACACAAAAAGUACUUUGAAGCUUUGUGCAACUACUUUAAACCUUUAUUCUGGGUAAUUUACCUUUUAAUAACCAGUGGCAAUCCCCAGCGACAUGGUAGCUUGUGAAGCUGCCUGUUCAGACCCACAUGCAGUUGUUGACUGAGAUGUCACUGAAGACAGGCGUGACAAAAUAUUCACAAGAUGACUGUGCCAAGAUCCCAACUCUCAUUAUUCUACCAGCAUUUUCCCUGUGGUAUACUCUGCUCUUUGUGCAUCUACAUAAUUUCCUUUUUUUUUGCCUCAUUUUCCCAAGAAAUCCAUUAAAAGGAGUAUCAUGAAUCUGCGCAGGUGGAGAAAUCAGUCUGACUGCACCUGUAUUUAUGGUUUUGCAUCUUCAUUUCCCUUUACGUCUUAGCAUGAAAAAGAGCCUUUGUCGAGGUGGACAGAGUGAUAAUCUGAUAUGCUCCUUUUCUUUAGCAGCUGAAUGUUCAAGAAGAACCAUUCAUUCUCAGCAUAUGAUGAAGGAAAAUAGCAUUUGGUAAGAAAAACGUUUCGGUUUCAAGCUUCCAAAUGGCAUUUAUAUUCUUUAAGAGACAGUUGAAUGGAGAGGCUUAUAAAGGAAAGAGAGAUAUCAGCACUGAAAAUCAGAACACUAUCGACAGGAAAAAUCUGUAUCUUUUAUGUUAUGGUCAUGGUUUAUGGGUAUGGCUCUAAUUUCUUCCUGUUGCUAUAAAUAGAGUUUUUGCUAACAGGUGGAGUCACGUCCUAUAAUAUUUGCAAGGCAGGUGUUUUUGGGGGUUAUAAUAGAAGAUUGCAUUUAAUUCAGUUUCUGCUGAUUUAAUAAUGAUUAAAUGAGGCCCUCAGCUCCAUGCUCUGUUUUCAUAAAUGUGCUGCUUGCUAGUUGCAAAGCUCGUGACUUAAAUGAAAGCCCACCAAGGCAGAGGGAAAGACAGUCUGUUUGGGGAGUGUGACAUUUACUGGAUAUCUCAUACAUGCUUAAAGGAGAGAAACAAACCAUGUGGGUGGCAAGGGUCCUUUGCUGAUGCAGAAUUAAAUACAUUCCUCUGGUUUCUUGAGUCAAUUUAGCAGUAGCAGAAAAGUGGUGCCUUGUACCAACACAACAAACCAAACAGCACUCCUCUCCCAGCUUGGAGGGAAAAAAAAAUCACAAGCUUUUCAAAGUGGAAAUAUAGGUCUGCAGCAUAAGUAUGUCCCUAAAAAGGAAUUUUGCUUUCUCAACAGUGUUACAAUUUUCAUGUCGUCGCAUCCUUGGAAAACCUUGCUAUGCCAGAAGUCAUCUGUAGUGUAGGCAAAGCUUGAAAUCAGUCUGUGCAUUCCCAAUCUUAUCCUAAGUAGAAAUAGGGAACUAUUUAGAGAAUUAAAAUGGUACUUUAGACACUAUUUGUAUUUCAGUUAAUAAUCUAAUACUUGCAAUUACUUAUAUUUUUCAAAGUAUUCAUUAGAUAGCUUUUCCUUUCUGAUGACAGACUUACAAAAUAACAGAACAGAUUCGUGAUUUCCUGUAAUUAUGCAUGAAAGCAUCUGAAUAAAUUAGCAAUGUUGUUUCAGUGCAUACAGUGAUGAAAAGUUUUGAAAUCCAUCUAGUGUUCUAGAAUGUUUCGCUAUUCUAGACAUUUUAGAUAUGCAAGAAACUGUUGUGAGUUUUUCAGAUUGAACUUUUACUUCAUAAUUAAAAAAUGAUACCUCAAUAAAAUAAAAUGUCUAUUAGAUUGCUUAUUAAUGUUAUAUGUUCUCAGUGUUGAUUUAAUUAUUGUAAGUCCUCAUAGAUAUUGAGGUCUUUGCUAAGUGUUUUCUCUAUAGGUCAAAAUGAUUAUUGUACUGUGAAUUUGCAUGACACAAUAGUGAAAAAGCAACUUCCACCCAGGCAGUAUGAUUACUUUCUCUAGAAAGAAAUUUCGUCAGUGAAUUUAAGGAGUUGUGAUUUAACCAUUCUUGUUAUUUUUGGACAUGAUUUGAUAGCUUUUUCUUUUUUGUAUAUGCAUUACUGUUUUUCAAGUUCAUUGCAGAUUCUAAAUUUAACAGCAAUGGAUUUUUAGUUUUUAAUGAUUCUAUCAAAUUGUGUAUUUUGAAGUCUUCAAAUGUCUAUUUACAUAGUGAAACGCAGAGGCACUCUUAUUGGUGUCAUGCAUUUUCUUACUGUGAUGGAAGUAUUAAAGAAAAGUGUUGCUGAAAUAGAGGAUGAAUGAAAACAGAGAAUGAAUAGAAAAUUUCAGAGAAAAGAAAAAAAAAACAUUCUGGUGGCAAACUAUUUUCUUCUUGCAACUUCUUUUAAUGUAAGUACUUGGACUGUGACUAUGUGGAAAUUCAAGGGGGAAGAUAUCAUUUCAUCUUGUCAUAGAUAGCUAUUGCAGAUGUCUGAAAUUUUAGCAGGACGGAGCAAUUUCUGGGGGCUGUCCCAGUAGUAUACCUGAUGACUUGGUUAGCCGUGUAUUUAAGCUGCAUGCUGUUGCUGUUUUUUCACAUUGUUAGGGACACCGAACAGGGGAGGAUGUUCAGUUUUAGCAGGAAUGGGCUGAUCUAUCCUAGAUUUUAUCUUCAGGCUGUUGUCUUAAUAUCUGUCCACAGCCUACUGUAGCUACUCCAUUUGUUCCAGUAUAAAUUUUGUCUGUGGCAUACCCUGCAGUAGCUUUGCAUGAAAUCGUGGGCAUUUAUGCAAUAAAGAACUCAUUUGUCAAAUUGACAUUAUCAAAUGUCACAUAGACAUUUUAACAGAAUCCAGGGUAUACUUCAUGCUGGCAAUGUAAGAGCAUUGAGCAAGUGAAAUAUCAAAAUAAUAAAAAAUACCAUUCCUU